AAUAGAAACAAAAAAACAAAAAAAAAACAGAAAGAAUCCCAAGUUCUUUACUCCCAUCAACUCAAUCCACCAUGUUUGUGGUGAAAAGUAAGGUAGAGCAGUUUCAAUUGCCUUCUCUCCUUCUCUCUGUCUUUUUCUCCACACGCAAGGGUAUGAGCUUAUAUCCCCUGUUUUGAUCCUCCUCUGUUUCUUGCCCUGUUUUUGCUAUGGGGUUUGAUUAUAGAAGACUGGGUCACCUUAUACGGCUGGAUUUGGAUGACUGUCCUCCUCCUCUUCCAUCACAACGACGGCCUCCUUCGUCACAACAAUUAGUUCCUCCACAUGAUGAACACAGGCAAUUAAUGAAAAUCAGUUUGAUUCUCACGGCUUGCAUGAUUGGCGGGGUUCUUUUGGUUGGAAUUAUACUUUCGAUUAUGAGGAAGUACUACACGAGGAGGAAUAGAUCAAGGAGAAGAAAUCCACCAAUACUGUUUGCAACAGAAGAAGAUUAUCUUGAUGAAGAUCAUGGACCUGUGAUUGAUCACCACGUAUGGUAUAUCAACACCGUUGGUCUCCAGCCAUCUGUUAUUGAUUCUAUCACAGUCUGCAAGUACAACAAAGACGAGGGGUUGAUAGAUGGAACAGAGUGCUCUGUUUGCUUGAGUGAGUUUGAGGAAGAUGAGAGUCUUAGACUCUUGCCAAAGUGCAGCCACGCCUUUCACCUCCCCUGUAUAGAUACCUGGUUGAGAUCACACAAGAAUUGCCCCUUGUGUCGUGCUCCUAUAGUUAGCAACGCUGCGGGUGCCGGUGCCGGUGCCGGUACUGGUUCUCAGGCAACUGCAUCUGAGCCUAGUACGAGUUCUUCCGGUUCAAGCCAAGAAACCCAUGUAGAGAAUCUUGAGAAUUUUAAUGGGGUGGAAAGCAACCAAGCUGGAGAGGGUGGAACUAGUGAAAUUGGGGUUCGAGAUGAAAGUUUUCACUCUUUGGCAGUUGCUGAAAUAUCAGAGAAAAGUAUGCAGAAUUCUACCUCUAGGAAGUGCCGAUCUCGAGUGCAAAGUAAUCUGGCUGACAAUCAAAGAGUCGUGGAAGAAGAAGUACAAUCGAUGAGGAGGUCAGUUUCACUGGAUUCGCCUUCUGCUGCAAGGAUUUAUCAUGCUGUGGCUAAUAUUGUCACUGAUCAAAGAAGUUCAGAAUCCCAAUCAGUACACCUGAAAAGUUGCAGUGCAGACAUUGUUGCCAAGCCGGAUGGUGGAACUUCAAGCAUGUGCAAACUGAUGAAAAGUUCUUCAAUUGGGCGUUCACUGCAGAAGGGACCCAUUUCGAUGAAAAGAUCUAUUUCUUCUAGCAGAAGGUUCUUGUCAUCCAGACAUUGGAGAAGUGGGAGCUCAAUCCUUCCCUUGUGAAGAUGAAGAUGAGGCUUUCAGAAUUUUCAUAUCCAGAGCUUCAGGCCGGUGGCCAAACCAACAAAGUAGGCGGUAUUCUCAAGGAGCCUGGAUAUUAGCUACUCUUGUUUCUGCACCAAAUAUAUGUUCCCAGAUAAAUCCAUAUCUUAUGAAAAGAAUGACUGCAAUUUGGGUAUUGUUAUUGUAGUUAAUAUCUUGAAUGGCUAAUACUUUAUAUAUAUUUCAAGAGAAAUAUAAUGAUAUUUUAGAAAUUAUACUAAUUUCAGUUUUUGUUUC